AUGGGAAGGACAUGGAGGAAAACCUCAUCGCGGGCAGGGAAAAAUGAGAGGCUUAAGACAGGUGGCGGAAAGAGGGAGGCGGCGCUGGAGCCAGCACAGUCAUGUCCUCCUGGCAGCAGUGGCGGAGAGGAAAAGAUGCAAGGAACGAAGGCGAGGGACUCGCAAAAGCCCUCACUGGCGUCGCGCACACUCCGUGACGCCGAGGUUGAUAGCGUGGGCGCCAGAGGACCCCGGCCAGCGUCGCCUCAAACUCAUGCCGCAUAUGAGGUCUUCGAUAAACUUAUCCCGUGGUCGGCUCACAGUACGGGCGUGAACACGCCGGCGCAAUCCAUCGACUCUUUGGUGGGGCAUUUAUUCCAGCACACCGUCGAGGAGGGGGCGGCGUAUGACGACACGCUGAAGCGGUCCCUAGCAAGUGAGGAGUUGAUGAUGCGCAACAUUCUCGAGAAUGAGGCCUCAACGAAGCUUGCCACAAUGUUCGCGGCAUUCUACAGGGAGUCGCCCUCAAGCAGCGUGUGUGAGUCACGAAAUUCCCACAGUGCAAGCAGCCGAUUUGCAAGAAGCGUGGGAACGAGUGCCGGUGCGCAGGAGUUGCGCACAACGGAAGCACCCGUGGAGAGGGCGAACUCUGCGUUGCAGGUCGUUCUACCAUGUGGUUCACAAAGAGAGCAGUGGACGAAGACGCCUUCAGCCAGUACAGCCGCUUUGUCCGCGUCGGACCCACUCAACGCCGCGCAUGUAAACUCGCGCUUGGGAGGCUCACACGGAAAAGUUGAAGAGGAGUGUGAUAAGGUGCAGCGCAGGAUCACCACUACCACUCAUGUAUUACCUUCAUACGGAACGCUGCAGGGUUUGCAGGCAGGAACUGCUGGUUCUUUGAGUCCUUUUGACCCGCAGGCUGGUUUGGGUCUCUCGUCACUCUGCACGGGUGUGAUCGGCGGGGAGGGUGGCUCUACGGCAUGGUUUCUUUACGAAAACGAAAUACCUGUUUUUCGACCCGUCUGUGCUACUGCGACUGACCUUGCUGUGGAUGUGGAAUGUGAGACAGAGGCGUUGUUGAAAACCGGUGUGAAUCCUCAGGUGUGCUUUAGAGCAAUAAUGCGACAGGUGCUCUUCUAUAUACUUGCAAUGGGCCUCUUUUUCCCACCCAUGGCCCACAGUGGCCUAUUUGCUGGUGUGGAUAUCUUUAACACUGUCGAAAGCUCUGUCCCGAGGCGAAACGUUAUGAAGUUUACUUUUUUAUUUGCUGAUGCAGCUGCAUUUUGUGUCACCACGUCGCUCACUGCGUUUUUCUGCAAUGGUAGCCGUUUUUUGCGGCACGGCUUGCUCCUUGCCGCGACGGCCGCAACAGUUGGCGGUGGAUUCUGCCUGCUGCAUGGAUAUUUGUCUGGCAGCCUUGUCGUGCUGCUGUUAUCUCAGUUACUACACGCAGUUGGACUUGCCGCAACUCCAGUAGCGGUGCUAUGUAUCAACUGUGCCGAGUUGGGUGCUCCCCUUGGCACCGUCUCACUCAUAUUUUUUACAGUGCACUUCUGGUUGGUGAGCGGGGCGGCGGGGAGGCUCAUCUUUUUCGCCGUCGCACGUCUUAGCAGCGGCGGGGUCGCGGGGGCACUGCGUGUCUUUCUUUACCUAACCUACACAGGGCCCGUGUUUGCCCUUGCGUUUUUUAUGCUCCUCCCACCUGCCGAGUGUCACGGGGCGCGGCGCACUCUUGACGUCGUAACUGACGCACGCAAACUCCUCUUUAUCCUGCGGCACAUCGAAGUACGUUUUGUGUUUUGCUGCAUCUCAGGCGGCUGUCUUCUGGCCUUGGUGCUGCUUCUCACUGAGGCUGAGUCCCUCUUCUCUUCAGUGCUCUUUGGGGAUGCCACCUCUUCGGUGUUUGCGGAUCUCUAUUCGCUCACCGUGCUUGUCAUGCUGCCGCUAUUUCUGUUGCCUGUUCUUGGGUUUUUUGUACGCUUUUGCGGGUUUGGUCUCUUGACGACGGUGGUGGCGGCGUGGCUUGUGGGGCUAAUAUCCAUAACGACGCCCUCAGCAGCGGUUGCCACCCCGGAGCCCACCUCGAUGCAGUCAAUGAUUGCCGUGACUUCCGUUCUGUGUGGAGCGUCUCUCGCUGUAGCGCUGGCGGGGCCCAUGCGGUCUCUGGCCUCCGUCGAGGCGGCGUCGCUGUCGGUGGUGGUGCCGGCCCUGUUGUUUGCGACGCUUCUCUCCCUGUGUGUAGCGCUUGCAGCAGGCGUUACUGCGGUGUUUUUUGCUACCUGCCUGCAAACGAACCACACGGGCGGUUCCACCGACGCCGGUGGCAUGUUGGCACGGCAGGCGCGGUGUGUAGAUUACGUGGCGCUUGCAAUGUGUCUUUCGGCGUUAUGUUUGCAGAUAACGACGGCGGUGAAAACGUUUCGUGUGCGGCAGUUCAGUGCUGCGGCGCACGAGGCGGCGGCGGAGGGGGGUUUGGUGGCUGAUGGUGGUUGUGGUGUAUGA